AUGAAAGAGAAGGAGGAGAGAGGAGAUGAGAGAGAAAGAGAAGGCUGGGUGUUUUUUUUUUUUGUUGGUUGACGGGGAGGCAUUUAGGGUGGCUAAGGCGAGAGGGGUGGCUGGAAGGUGGUAAUGAUGGUGGCAGGAUCUCAAUAACGGAAUUAUUAACGGAUUUCGUGAUCUGGUAGCGAAAUUUAAAAAACGAGAUUUGAUAGGUAGUAAAAUAAAAUAAAACUUUUUCCAAGUAGCAAAAGUAAAUUUCAUGUAUUUUAGAGGUAGCAAAAGUCAAAAUUUUCUAACAAUAAAGCUGAAAAUCUUAAGUCCUCUAAAAAUCUUAGGCAAAGAAAAAGCAAGUAGAAGCACCCGAACAAUCUCAGAGAAGAGAGAUGGAUGGUGAUGAGACAGCAUCGAAACAUUCGCCUGAAUCAAUAUUUAGCUUCAUUGAUAAUGAGGAGGAUUCAAAGCAAAAGAAAUAUAAGAAAUCAGGGUUUGAGGAGUUUGAAGGGGCAUGGGAAGGCAGGGUUGAACCGUUGUUGAGUUGUAUGAAUGAGAUGGAUCAUCUGUAUCGAAAGUCUGGCGAAGUUGCUUUGAAUGAUCUCAAGGGUAAACAAUACCUUCUCUUUGUUUGCUUAUACUUUCAUUCCCAAUCCAGCAUCGAAUUCGAAUUCGAAUCCUACUAUCCCCAAGAUUUCAUUCCUGCGUGUCAUGAUCUCUAUUCUUAUAGAGAUGAUUUCGAGAUUGUUUUGGUUAAUUCUACUAACACCAAUCCUGACUAUCCUUUCUUAUUCAUUUACCCUCUCCGUCACUUUCCUAUGUCCUCAGUUGUCGUUCCAUUCGACGACUAUCACCGUCGUUCCUCAAUACGCCAACUCCUUGACCCUGUUAAUUCUGGUUUAGGUUUUGAUUUUAAGUGCCUCUUUCUCGAUGUUGCUCAUAAAACAAUGCUCGUUGGAGAACCCAAUUCCAUGUCUUCUUUAGUAGCUCAUCUCAAGGAACUUGUGCACAAUAGCUCAUUUGACGCCUUACGUUCUUAUCAAAGGCUUUUGAAAAAUAUGUGGCCCGUCAACUCGUGCCUUCCACCAGUGACAUGCCCUAUAGCUAGGAUUUUUAAAUGUGCCAAACCCGAAUAUUCUCCUGAUAUCAAUGCCAUGGUUUCUCAGUUAUCUCCUAUUCAGAUUGGCCACACUUUGGAUGUCAAGAUGCUCUUGUCCGCUGGUUCAAAUGAGCUUGGUUACCUUGUUUGAAAAGACGGUCAGCAAGUGGAAAUUGGCAAGGCGAUUCAGGACAAAUACUUGAUGAUUUGAU